UGAAAGACGUCACACGCAGCCCAAGCUGCACAGAUUUUACAGGUUGAGCAGCUUUGUUUUGCAAAGUGCAGCACAUGUAGCAAGCUUGUCGUUCAAUUCACUGCAGGUGGCGCCACGCGGACUGCAGUCUAAGCCAGCCGGGGCAGCUCGCUCUCUUUCUACAGAUCUGCGGAAUCUAUAAAAGAUUUAAAACUCUAACCGGAAGCGGGCCCUUCAGUGACGCAAGGAGAUAACCGGAAGAGAUGGAGGUAGUUAGAAACUAUGUGAAAUAGACAUUGGAUAUAGUGUUGUGAUGGAAAUAGAAAGAAAGAGCAAGCAAAUCGAAUUGUUCGCAAUAGGAACUGCGAGAGAAAGGAUAAAGAACAGCAAAACGGUGAAUCCUAGUGAGAAUCAGAAUACGGUUAUUUAAAGGGAGCUAACGAUAUAGAACUAGAAUGAUAAACAAAUAAGGCCAGGUUGUCAGGAGGGAGAAAUACUGCUGCAGUACGUGUAUCACAAAUACAUUUAAAUAACAAAGAAGUUUAACUGUUCAUGUGUGGAAUACCAAGCCGAGUUUAACUACGAUCAAAAACCACCGGCGAGUUUAUAAUUUAGUACUAACCGCACAUUAUACGCGAGAAAGGAAGACAAAACAACUUCACACUCAUUGUCAAUAGAAAUAAACUAAGCAACGGACACAUUCUGACUAUACUCGGAACUACACGCUUAACACAGAAAAUAUGAUUUUAUUAUAUCAUAAAUACUGCAUCGUACUGUUUUCAAAGUGACAGCGAUAUUGUGGCUUUGAUCGUGUAACUUGUCGGUUAUAUUAAGAAUAAAUACAGAACAUUCUUAAUUAAUAAACCGAGCUUCUGAGUGGUUGUCGUUGAUUUUAUAUUGCUGUUAUUGGUACUUUAGACAGUGGUAGUAUGCCGCUACUUUUCUUGGAACGGUUCCCUUGGCCCAGUUUGCGAACGUACACUGGUCUUAGUGCGGUGUUACUGGUUGGCAGUGUACUCAGCGCCUAUCGCACUGUGACCCAGCCAACCCAGGAGGAUCUCGGUGCCGAAGACAACUCUAAAAUUCCGAUCACAGAGCAAGAUUAUGAAGUCCACGACUUCGAUAGCGGGGUGGCUACAAACAUAUUCUGGUACCUCGUUUCAGACAGUUUCUUUGUAUGGGUUCUUGUAAAUACAGCCUGUUGUUUCCUGAUGUUAAUUGCUAAAAUUAUCCAGUGCAUGGUGUUUGGCCCCUUGCGUGUCAGUGAGAGGCAGCACCUGAAGGACAAGUUCUGGAACUUCGUCUUCUACAAGUUUAUAUUUAUCUUCGGGGUCCUGAAUGUCCAGACUGUGGAGGAGGUUGUGAUGUGGUGCCUCUGGUUUGCAGUGUUGGUUUUCUUGCACCUCAUGGUCCAGCUCUGCAAAGAUCGCUUCGAAUAUCUGUCUUUCUCGCCCACCACCCCGAUGAGUAGUCAUGUCCGAGUCCUGUCCCUGCUGGUGUCCAUGCUGCUUUCCUGCUGUGGGCUGGCUGUAGUGUGUGGGGUGGCUGACUAUAUCCAGGGAAUGCACACUGUCGCCUUCAUGGCUGCAGAGUGCCUGCUAGUCACAGUCCGAACAGGUCAUGUCAUCAUGCGCUACACUAUCCACCUGUGGGACCUCAAUCACGAAGGCACCUGGGAGAGCAAGGGUACCUAUGUGUACUACACAGACUUCUUCAUGGAGCUGACCUUGCUCUCCUUGGACUUGACUCAUCACAUCCACAUGUUGCUCUUUGGUAAUAUCUGGCUGUCCAUGGCCAGCCUGGUUAUUUUCAUGCAGCUCCGGUACCUCUUCCAUGAAGUUCAACGCAGGAUUCGACGUCACAAAAAUUACCUUCGAGUGGUUGGAAACAUGGAGGCGAGGUUUGCCAUAGCCACUCCUGAAGAACUGGCUGCCAACAACGAUGACUGUGCAAUCUGCUGGGAUUCAAUGCAAGCCGCUCGCAAACUGCCAUGUGGACAUCUUUUCCACAACUCCUGCCUACGUUCCUGGCUGGAACAGGAUACCUCCUGCCCUACGUGUCGCAUGUCCCUGAAUAUCAACGAGAACAGCAGAGCCAGGGAAGACAGACAGAGGGAGAACUUGGGAGAAAACAUUGGGCCAGUGCCGGGAGCCGAGGCCAGGCCUCACAUCAACCACCACAACCACUUCUUUCAUUUCGAUGGCUCCCGGAUUGCAAGCUGGCUGCCCAGUUUCUCAGUGGAAGUGAUGCACACAACUAACAUCCUUGGUAUUACACAGGCUAACAACUCCCAACUCAAUGCUAUGGCACACCAAAUCCAGGAAAUGUUUCCCCAAAUCCCUUACCACCUAGUGCUCCAGGACCUGCAGUUAACACGUUCAGUAGAAAUUACCACUGACAACAUUCUGGAGGGGAGAAUCCAGGUGCCUUUCCCCACACAACCAAGUGAGCGAGUACCCCUGGAGCUCAGUCCAGGCACCGAUGAGGCUGCUGGAGCCAGUGGAAGCUCCGAGAAUGUACCUAGUGAGCCCGAGGACUUUGAAGCCAGGGGGAGUCGCUUCUCCAAGUCCGCUGAGGAGAGACAGAGAAUGCUUCUGCAGAGGAAGGAUGAGCUUUUACAGCAUGCUCGCAGGCGAUAUCUUAGUAAAAGCCCUGAUCAGGAGGAAGAGGAGGAUGAAGACGAGGAUGAAGAAAGUAUCCUCUUCUCAGAGCGGAGUUCCUCUAGUACAGACUCUCUCACAGUGCGGCGCAGGAUGCUGGCGGCUGCUGCAGAAAAGAGAAUGGAGAGGCAGCAGGACCCUCUGCUAUAAGGACUUCUGGAGGGAGAUACAAUGAUGCUUGAUCUUUAUACCAGCAGCGGCAAAUUCUUCUUGAGUAAACUGACUGGAGCAGUGUCACAGUUAAAAGGAAAAAAAAACUAAAAAAACAACAAAAAAGGCAAAAAUGAAGCGCUUUUUUUUUCCCACAUCUCACUGACAAAAUAAAGUUUUUAAAUGCGAGCAUGACACUUUGCCUAAAUUGCUUGGCUGUUUUUAGGUUGCCUUAGAAAGACAGACCUUUGUGGGACUUUUAUCAUAGACUGUUGCUGUUAACAAAGCCAAAUACUGCAGCAUUUAGCUUUAAAAUCUACCUAUAUAUUUUAGACACAAGCACAGAUGAAAUGACAUGGUAUAUGGCAUUUGGUUUAUCAAAUGCAAAGUGAUUUCUAUUGGUUUAAAUUCCUUUGCCUGUUUACAGUAAGAGUGUUAAAUUAGCCGUCUAUCCAAAUGAUUUAAAAUAGAGAAAGGACUUGUGCCUAUUUUUCGAGAGAUGCUGGCACUUUGUCUGAGAAUCUAGCAGCAGAUCAAGUUGCAGAUUCAGGAAUCGCACACCACUUUAGUAUUUGAAAAUAUUUUGUAUUUGGGAGUGGCAAAACUGUGAACUGUAUUGUUGAGAAGCAAUGGGGAGAAAGUUCUGUCAUUCAUUUUCUGUUUGCCAUAUACAGUAUCGCAUCUAAGGACAGAUUAAUUUUUAACAGAUUACGCAUUUUGGAACCUAUUUAUACAGCAACAUGUUAAACCAUCAAAGGAAUAUAUAACCCAAAUUGUCUGUUUACAGCUUUGUCAAAAAUGGUAUGAGGAUUUGCACAACAAACACGUCUCUAGUGUUUUUACUGAGAAGAAAAUCUUGAAGCUGCAGACAGGAAGCAUACAUUUGCAUUUAUAGUAUUUAUAGUUUUGUUUAACAUUUUGAUAGUCUGAAUAAGCUAGCUUUUGAGUGAAAGAUUAAAAGCAUUAUAUUAAGAACUGCCGAUUUAAAUCUGUAAGUUUCUUAUGAGGGCCAAGUUUGAUAUGUAUUCAGGAUCAAAUAGCGCUCCCGUAAUAUCAGUCAGUCUAGAUAAAGCAAGAGGCUAAUCGAACGCUUAUCAUAAGGACUUAGAAAUACUAAAAGAAACAAGAAAUUACAUUACAAAUGUUUCCACUAGAAGUCUUAUUCAGUAUCUUCUUUUUGGAGACAUUGAAAAGACUUCUGGUCGAAAUGUAUUUCUAAGUUCAGCACUAUUGAAUGUUUAAUAGUUCUGGAUGAUUCAUCAUGAAGACUGUAAGCAUUUACCCACGUUUGCUUUUAGCUCCGCUGUGAUGCUUUUUACAGACUUUAAAGCAGUGCUGAUGCAUAACUCUCAGAUCUCAAAACAAUCGUAUACAAGAGAACAUUUUUCCUAGAUUUAUUUUUACUUGUAAUAAUUUGGCUGCAACACCUGAAGUACAUUGUUUUUUGUAAUUUAAAUGUUGGGAACCCAUGUACCCCAAAUAAUCAACACUAUUAGAGUCACAACAUUUAGUUGCACGCCGAUGAAAUCCAAGCAAUUACCAAGGUUUUGUUGAGAUUUUGUUUGAUUCCCUUGGAGUUUGCACCAGCAUUUACAUUUCCCCUAUGUCAUAAAAAACACUGCUUUAAAAAGAAAAAGCUUUGUAAGAAGCAUUUCAGUGUUCCGGAUGUUGGUGGAGCAUGUUUGAAAUGUCACUGUGUUACUUAGUCCUGCUGAACAAAAAUAUCUGUAGCAAAAGUUUUAAAGGUAUUUGUUAAUCUGGGAACCAUGCAACGACAGCUGUGUUUCUACCAUCUCAAAGUACAGUGUUUUAUAUUGUCAAUCAAUAUGGUACUACCGUCCAUGUUGAGACUUCUACAGAUGGGUUUACCAAUUGAAACUGGAAAGGCAUAACCGAUUUGAUUGUUUUUGAUAACCCCCAAAGCAUUUGUGCCUAAGUAAAAAGAGGAUUACAGCAUAAUGCGCAAUAUAUAUAUAUAUCUAUAUAUCAUAUAUAUAUAUAUAUAUAUAUAUAUAUAUAUAUAUAUAUAUAUAAUCUCUGUAGAAGCUGAUAAGAGUUUUUGUAAAUAGUUUUUUAAUGACAAAAGACUGAUUUUUAUUAUAAACAUUUUGCUCGCUCUGCAAAAGGAAACAAAGCUGCAGAGCUACAAUAGAAGCCUUUAACCAAACCUAACUUAAUUUUCUUCUGUGCAGAGAGCUCCAAAGAGCCUUAAAGUGAUGCAUUUAUUUUACUCUUUUUAAAAAGUUUCCAUUCAUCUAGACUUCAGAUUGUCUGCUGUUUUGUUUGAGCUUUUAUUUGUUCAAUAAAUAAACUGCCAUUA